UCGGGACCUCCACGCCUCACAGACUCCGCUUCGCCCACAGACUCUGAUGGCGGCGGCGGCGCUGAGGGACCCGCCUCAGGGUAUGAAAUUUGAGGAUGUGGCCAUUGACUUCUCCCAGGAGGAGUGGGGGCUCCUUGAUGAGGCUCAGAGACUCCUGUACUACAAUGUGAUGCUGGAAAACUUUGCACUUGUAGCAUCCCUGGGUUGUUGCCAUGGAACAGAAGAUGAGGAGGCCCCUUCUGAGCAGAGUAUAUCUGUAGAAGGAGAGUCACAGGUUAGGGCUUCUAAGGCAGGUCCAUCCUCCCAGAAGACCCACCCCUAUGAGAUGUGUGUCCCCAUCUUAAAAGAUAUUUUGCAGCAAGCUGAGCACCAAACAGUAUACCCUUUGCAGAAACCAGACUUGGGUGGCACAUAUGUGAGAUGCUUCUGUUUCAGUGCAAACCUUCACCAGCAACAGAGGCAUGACAGUGGAGAGAAGCCCUGGAAAAGAGAUGUGGACAGGGCCUCGCUUGUGAGGAGCUGCAACUUCUUUGUGCCAGGGAAGCCUUUCACCUGUAGGGAGGUUGGGGAAGACUUCCCAGCCACUUUGGGCCUUCUCCAGCACCAGGCCACACCCAACAGUGAGGAACUACAGAGUGGCAGCAAGAGUGGACAGGCCUUUCACAGUGAAAAAAGUCAUUACAAGUGGGGUGAAUGUGAAAAAGUUGCCAGCCACAGCCACACACUUGUUCAAGAUCAAAGUGUCCGCUCUAAAGAAGGGAUUUAUGAGUGUAACAAAUGUAGGAAAGCCUUCAACUGCAACUACAGACUUGUUCAGCACCAGCAAAUUCACACUGGACAAAGGCCAUAUGAGUGUGGUGAAUGUGGGAAAUUCUUUAGCCAUAACUUUAGUCUUACAAAACACCAGAAAAUUCACACUGGAGAAAGGACUUAUGAAUGCAGUGAAUGUGGAAAAGUCUUCGGUCACAAAUCCAAACUCAUUCACCACCAGAGACAACACACUGGAGGAAUGCAUUUUGAGUGUGGUGAGUGUGGAAAAUUCUUUAGCUACAAAUCCAACCUCAUUGAACACCAGAGAGUUCACACUAAAGAAAGACCUUAUGAGUGCAGCGAAUGUGGGAAGACCUUUAGACAAAGUUCUAGCCUUUUCCGACACCAGAGAGUUCACACUGGAGAAAGGCCUUAUGAGUGCAGUGAAUGUGGGAAAGCCUUUAGACAAAUUUUUAAUCUCAUUCGACAUGGUAGAGUUCACACUGGAGAAAUGCCUUAUGAGUGUAGCGAAUGUGGGAAAUCUUUUAGCUGCAAAUCUGAACUUGUUCAACACCAGAGAAUUCACAGUGGAGAAAGGCCUUAUGUGUGCAGUGAAUGUGGGAAGUCCUUUAGACAGUUCUCUAACCUCAUUCGACACCGGAGUGUUCAUACUGGAGAAAGACCAUAUGAGUGCAGUGUUUGUGGAAAAUCCUUUAGUCGCAAAUUUAUCCUCAUUCAACAUCAGAGAGUUCACACUGGAGAAAGACCUUACGAGUGCACUGAAUGUGGAAAAUCUUUUACCCGCAAAUCUGACCUCAUUCAACACCAGAGAAUUCAUACUGGCACAAGACCUUAUGAGUGCAGUGAAUGUGGGAAAUCCUUUAGACAACGCUCUGGGCUUAUUCAACACCGGAGAAUUCAUUCUGGAGAAAAGCCUUAUGAAUGUGGGGAAUGUGGGAAAUCCUUUAGCCAAAGUGCUAGCCUCAUUCAACAUCAGCGAGUUCACACUGGGGAAAAACCAUAUGAGUGUAAUGAGUGUGGAAAAUCCUUUAGCCAAAGUUCUAGCCUCAUUCAACACCAGAGAGGGCACACUGGUGAGAGGCCUUAUGAGUGCAGUGAAUGUGGGAAACUCUUUACCCACAAAUCUGACCUCAUUCAACACCAGAGAGUUCACACGGGAGAAAGACCUUAUGAAUGUAGUAAAUGUGUGAAAUCCUUUAGCCGCAAAUCUAACCUUCUCAGACACUGGAGAGUUCAUGCUGGAGAAAAGCCUUAAAUGUGCAGGGAAUGUUUUAUUUCCUCACUCAGUAUAGCAACACUGGAGGAGACUGUGUGAGAGCCAUUUACCUGAGUUUAAACCUCUUUUAUUCAAACAUACACCAUGCAAGAUUGCUCAUAAGUUUCAGUUACACCUAAGGCUUUAAGGAGAUACAUUAUACUUUGUAACCUGCCCAGAGCUGCUGUUAGAUUUAUGUCACUGCCACUUUCUGUGACUGAAGCCAUUUCACCCCUGUACAUCAGGCACCACUCCAGCAGGCUCAGGAAAGCUGAACUCUGUGUUCUCCCAUCUGCUUGAGGAAAUUAUGAAUAGCCCAAGCCCUUAGCAGGAUCCUCAUUCCUUUCUCUCUGAUUUUAGGGAAUGGACCUGACCCAGGUUGGGUCCAAAGGACCUAUCCUCAGCUUGCUAAGAAGGACUAC